CCCUCUCUCCUCCACCCACACAUCCACCCACCAUCAUGCCCGCCCCCUCCACCACCCUCCUCAUCGAGGGUUCCUUCUCCGAGCUCGCCGACGAGUUCGCCCAGUACAUCGACGCCCUCCGCAAGCCCGAAGGCACCGCCAGUCUCCAGGCCGACCUUGCCCCGCUGCUGCAGCCCCUCCGCGAGCAGGAACAGUCCGACGCCCAACCCGAUGGCAAGCAGCGCGAUGAGGUUCUGAAGAAGCUGGUCUCCGCGGCCGCCGUCCUGAACGGUGCCCCCGAGAAGGAGAUCAUCUCCGCCUACAACCUCCUCGUGCACCUCGUUCACCAUGCCUCCGACCCGGACAUGUUCCUCUCCCGCAUCUGCGCCUACCUCGCCAAGCCCAUCACCUCCUCUCCUCACCGCUACCACGUUCUCCUGGCGACCGUCGCCGUCAUCCGCCAGACCAGCUCUUCCGUCGCCUUCGACGCCCUCAAGCCCCAGCUGACCGCCCAGCUGCCCGGCUGGCUCGCCGCCUGGGAGUUGGACGACGAGGACGCUCAGCGCCUGCACCUCGCCAUCGCCGAUGCCGCCACGGCCUCCGGAGACGCCGAGCUGGCCCAGACCCAUGUCAUCCAGGCCCUGCAGACCAUCCCCGCCGCCAACGCCAGCAACCCCGAGUCCCGCGAGCUGGCCCUACGCGCCCUGACGUCCGCCCUCACCAACCCCACCGUCUUCGACUUCACCCCGCUGACCGCCUCCGACGCCGUUCAGGCCCUGCGCUCCAGCGACAGCACUCUCUUUGAGCUGCUCGAGAUCUUCACCGCCGACACCCUCGACGCCUACGAGGCUUUCGUGGCGGCCAGCCCGCUGGCCAGCAUCUCCGGUGGUGUGCUGGCCGACGCCGGCGACGCCCUGCAGAACAAGCUGCGCCUCCUCACUCUGGCUUCGUUGGCCGCCUCCACCCCAUCCCGCUCGCUGCCCUACGCCACGAUCGCCACGGCCCUGCGCGUGCCGGCCACCGACGUUGAGAAGUGGGUCAUCGACACCAUCCGCGCCGGUCUGGUCGAGGGCAAGCUGUCGCAGCUGCGCUCGGAGUUCCUCGUGCACCGGGCUACCUACCGCGUCUUCGGCGAGAAGCAGUGGGCGGAAGUGCAGGGUCGCCUGAUGGUGUGGCGCCGCAGCCUCGAGCGGGUGCUGGGUGUCGUUCGCAGCGAGCGCGAGCGCUUCGUGCGCGAGGGGCUGCAGGCGGCCCAGGCGGCCGAGGAGGCUGCCCAGGGCAAGGGUAACGACCGUAACAAGGGUGGCGACCGUCGCCGCCACGGCAACAACCAGCAGCAAGCGACUCCGGCGGCGCCCGUCAGCGCUCCGGUGGAGGCCGUGGCUGCGGAGUAAUGGCCUACCCGCACCCAGAAGUUAGUGAGUAGGAGAACGCGCGAGAGAUAGAGGUGGAUUGAAGUGAUGAAUGUACACAGAGAGCAUUACCUUGGGCGAUGACAAAAAAGUUUCUGUGUCUGGCUGGGAUGAGGUGUUACUUCUUUGUUUCUGUUGUGUUGUGCCUGUUAUUUUUUUUCUCCUUCUAUUUCUUAUGUCAUCUGGAUUGUUCACCGGCACAUUACGGUUUCAUCAUGGUAGCUAUUGGUUUCUAGACAGGUUCGCCGUGAGAGGAGGACCUGACAAAUGACACGAGUUAUGCAUUUA